GCCGCGCACUCAUUCAGUGUUGUGCUUGCAGUCGAUGAGCUUCAACCUCUCAACCUAGGGAGCCUUGUCAAGGUUUCUGUUGGCGCGCAGUGAACUUGAACGCGGUUGACAGUGCAGUUCGUGUUGGCGGAGGCACCCAUGGACCACAGUGCGCGCACAAGAUGCUAAUCUCCAACGGAAACGCGUUGGGAAGCGGAAACGACUUUUCCAAUGUUCCUGGCCUUUCCGGCUGCUGUCCCGUUCCGGUCGCUCCCGCCGCCCGAUCCGCCAUUGUCAACUGGAAGAUGGACUCCGUCGGCCUGCCGGCGCCCAACACUGCGCCCAGCGUCCUGUCCACGGCCAUGCCGCUCUCGCCCACAGUAGCUUCAUCGCCGACCAUCACAAGUCCAGCCUCCGGCACCUCGGGCGCGUCCACGGUCCCAUCUUCCUUAGCCCCAUCGGCCCUCCGAGAGCUGUACGGCAACGCCGCCACUGCCCCAGGUCAUCCCCUCGCCUCGCUAGUCUCGCAACAAAGGUUUCUGGAGCUGUCCAGGUUCGGCCUAAGACACUACGACCUGGCGCAGCAUAUGUUAACACAACAGGGCGCCGUCACGAAACUGCUCGGCACGCUCCGACCUCCAGGUCUAAUCGGAGGCAGCAAACCAAAAGUAGCAACGCCGGCCGUAGUUUCCAAGAUCGAACAGUACAAAAGGGAAAACCCCACAAUAUUCGCCUGGGAAAUUCGGGAAAGAUUAAUAUCAGAAGGUGUGUGCACCAAUGCAACGGCCCCAUCAGUGAGCAGCAUCAACAGGAUACUCCGAAACCGGGCUGCUGAAAGAGCCGCAGCGGAAUUCGCCCGGGCUGCCGGUUAUGGCCUGUACCACCCGCACCCGUACGCGGCGGCGGCCGCCGCCUUCCCGUGGCAUUCGCCCCUGUGGCCCAACAGCCCGUUGGGUCUGCAGCCGCCGGGGGCCGGGUCGUCCAUGAUGGCCGGCUCCCCCAGCUCGUCCGGGUCGCCUCACCCCGACCACGGUCUUCUCAGUUCGCCCCCGGGCACCCACCCCGACAACAAGGACGACUCCAGCCUCGACAGCUCCGAGCAGCCCAAGUUCCGCCGAAACAGGACCACCUUCAGCCCCGACCAGCUCGAGGAGCUCGAGAAGGAGUUCGAGAAGAGCCACUACCCCUGCGUGUCCACGCGGGAGCGCCUCGCGUCCAAGACGUCCCUGUCGGAAGCCCGCGUGCAGGUUUGGUUUUCCAACAGACGAGCGAAAUGGAGGCGCCACCAGCGCAUGAACCUGCUGAAGCAGUCGUCCCCGGGGCCCCAGGGCAGCCAGUCUUCGAUGUUCGGCGGCCGCUUGACGCCCUCACCGCACUACACUGCCGGUUCCACCCCUGGCUCGCCGCUUACUACGCCUCAUCGCGCCGGGGGGCCGACGGCGUCCUCCCUUUUAUUGCAAAUGGGCGGCGAAAAUAGUGCCUUCAAGGCCUUGGUGCCGAACCCGCUGCUGGCCCCCGACGGCAUGCGGCGGCUGAGCGACUACACGGACUCCGAGGAGGAGAUCAACGUCAACGACGAGUCGGACGUGGAGGAGGCGGCGGAACGGAGGCGGAGGUCCAGGUCGUCGAGUCCCGUCGAAGUUGUCGACUCACCCGCCAAGGAGACGCCCACAUGUCAGCCUUUGCAGCUCACCAUGCACGAUCGCGAUUAAUUUAUUGAGGAUUACGUACAUGGUGAAACAGCAUUACCAAAGCAAUUGAACUCUUAUACACUUAAUUUAUGUCUGUAAAUACUUAUUUAAAUGACGUGUCAGCGGCUGUGACUCGACUGACAAUUUUGCCCAAGCUAAGGUUCCUUCAUUCUGCUCUCUCAUCACACAACCGAUAAUUACGGCGAAUCGAAAACUCGACACCUCCUCUUCCCUAAAUAGGAGACACUUGGAACAUUUCGAAAUUAUAGACGAAGAAACAAAUAUUGUACUAUAUGAAUUUAGACACAUGUAUAUGGUCAGCGUUCAAAGAACGAAACUGAUGUCCCAAGUGUUGGUAGCCUCCUCGGUUUCGAAACCGUCCAUCAAAAUUUUCUCGGUCAAGCAAAAGACCACAUUCGAGCUCCCUGGACGAAGGGACCAGCGAGUGAUGGCCGUCUGAGGAACUCGUAUCUGGCGCUAUCGGACGAACUUUCCUUUUCCGUUCCGAGGGGGCUACAGAGGACCGAGCACCAGCUGUAAAUACCCAGUCGUACUGUCGAUCGUACUCUAGCUGUAGAAAAGAAAAAUUGUUACUUAUUUAAAUUUUGUGUACAUUAAAGAAGAACAAAGCGUUUAGUUUUCUAAAUUGGUCGGUUGUCCGGUUUGUUAGAGAGCGUAGGCUUUUCUAAUGAAUGAACGCCGACAGCAACUCGUCCAUUGUAUAGUAGCCGUAAGAAACUGUAAUAAUUGUUAACGAAAUACAAUUUGCAUAAACGUU